CUUCCCCUAACUGUAAUACGCGCUUCAUUCUCUUUUCAUCUGAUUCUCUCGCGACCUCACCCACCAGGUGCAAGCCAUAGCCAUCGCCGUCCAAGUACUGGCUCUCCCAUCUGAUGCUCUCAUCCUUUUAGGCUACCGUUCCUGUUGAUGACGAGCACCACUAUCUCUGAGCUCCUGAGUUGAGCAUGUAGCAGUUCAAAAAAUUGCUUACUGCAUAAGCUGUCCUUUGUGAUUGGAAAGAGUUUUCUGGGUGGUGGUUGUACUUCUGCAACAUGUUUCAUUUGUGGGUUCGAUCCCUUUCAGCCCAAAAGAGGCAUUCCUGUGCAGGAAUAAUAUGCAAAAGCAACACUGGCUGCUUGCUAUUGAAGACAUUGAGCAACUUUAUCCCACCGUUCCACAGGGAGCGUGACCCUUUAAAUUCAUUAAAUUUGCCUGCUCAGUUCAACACUCCCUUAAGAUCGGUACUGAAUAAUGCUAGUGUUAUAAAAGAAAAUAGAAUCUUCCCACCAGGGAGGAACUUUUGUCAGUUAAUUGCCAGAUGGAAGCUUCCUUUGGCAUUUUGUUCAGUAGCUCGAAAUGAAAUGUCAGAGUUGGAUUCUGUUUGGGAUGAUGGUGUAGUCUGUAGUGAUUUGACGCAGACUGGUAUAGAUUCUGGUGAUAGUAUUACGAAGAAAAAGGCUGUGCAUGGAAAACCAAUUGAUAUUACCAAAGUUGACAUUAAUUUGCUUCCAACUGUCAUUAUUGUUGGGCGUCCAAAUGUGGGAAAAUCAGCUCUCUUCAAUCGGUUGAUUAGAAGGAGGGAGGCUCUUGUGUACAACACACCAGAUGAUCAUGUUACUCGAGACAUAAGAGAAGGAAUUGCCAAAUUGGGUGAUUUGAGGUUUCGAGUUUUGGACUCAGCUGGCCUAGAAACAGAAGCAACUUCAGGGUCUAUCCUUCAGAGAACAACGAACAUGACUGCAAAUGUGCUAGCAAAGACUCACUUUGUAGUACUCUUGAUAGAUGCAAGAGCUGGCCUGCACCCUUUGGAUUUGGAGGUUGGAAAGUGGUUGCGCAAAAAUGCUCCAGGAAUCAUUCCUAUAGUAGCAAUGAAUAAAUCUGAAUCAUUUUGUGAUGGUACUGGCUCUAUUACUGAUGCUGCUGAUGAAGCGCGUGCUUUAGGAUUUGGAAAUCCUAUUGCCAUAUCUGCAGAGACUGGGCUGGGUAUGACAGAACUUUAUGAUGCACUUCAGCCUUUGCUUAAGGAUUAUAUGGUCAAAGUCCUGAACAGUAAUUGUAAUCAACAAAAUAGCAAUUGUGCCAACCUUGACGACAACCAAGGUGAGGUUGAGGAGUUGUCCAAGCUGCCACUGCAGUUAGCUAUUGUAGGGAAGCCAAAUGUUGGAAAGUCAACCUUGCUGAAUACUUUGUUACAAGAAGACCGUGUGCUGGUGGGUCCAGAGGUUGGUUUGACUAGAGAUUCUAUUAGAGCUCAUUUCCAUUUUCAAGGGAGAACAAUAUAUUUGGUUGACACUGCAGGUUGGUUGCACAGGACAGGUCGAGAUAAAGGACCAUCGUCAUUGAGCAUAGUGCAAUCAAGAAAGAAUCUAAUGAGGGCCCAUGUGGUCGCUUUGGUACUUGAUGCAGAAGAGAUUGCAAAAGCUAGACGAAGUAUGACUCAUGCUGAAGUAGUUAUAGCAAGAAGGGCUGUGGAAGAAGGGCGUGGAUUGGUUGUUAUUGUAAACAAGAUGGAUCUUCUAAGAGGGAAACAAAAUUCCAAGUUAUAUCAGAAGGUCAUGGAAGCUGUUCCUUUAGAAGUUCAGACAGUCAUACCGCAGGUUUCAGGAAUACCGGUUGUAUUUAUUUCAGCAUUAGAGGGAAGAGGCAGGAUAGCUGUCAUGCGUCAGGUCAUCGAUACAUACGAAAAAUGGUGCUUAAGAUUAUCCACAGCUCGGCUGAACCGAUGGUUGCGUAAGGUUAUGAGCAGACAUUCUUGGAAAGACCAGGCUGCACAACCCAAGAUCAAGUACUUCACCCAGGUGAAGGCCCGUCCGCCAACUUUUGUUGCCUUCACAAGUGGGAAGACGCGACUUUCAGACACUGAUCUUCGGUUCUUAACAAAGUCAUUGAAGGAGGACUUUGACUUGGGUGGAAUUCCCAUCCGGAUCAUGCAGCGGUCUAUUCCUAGAACAACUGGGGGAAGUAGCAGCAAGAGCAAUCAAUUUGCAUGCAGGAUGGAGGAAAGAAUCUUUUCCGACAAGAGAACAACUGUUGCAUAACAGUCAUUUUAGCUUCUGUGUUCAUUUAGUCCUUGAAGGAAAAAGGUUGGUCGGAUAAUGAGUGAGAAUCCUGUGGUGGUUAUAGCUGUAAAUUAAGGAAUACAUGUAAGUUAGGCUUGCAUUAGAAGCAAUGCAAAUUUUGUAGGAUAUGGAAAUUAGUUGCAUUUAUUUAUUUUUCGGUUAAAGAAAAUUUAUAAUUUUUGGAUAGUGAUGUGAAAUUAAUUUCUAACAAACUCAAAUGGUCAUGAAGGAUUCAUAUAUUUUAACUUC